UUCAGAGAAAAUGCAAAUAUAUGGAAUACGAAUAUUUUCUAGAUAUUUGAUGAUAUAUUUUAUUCCAACUUGUUAAAUAUUAGAUAAAAGAUAGAAGAGCUGUUACUAGGAUGGGAUUCAAGGGUGUACCGGAUAGGUGGGAGGACUACUCGAACUCAGGGAAUGUGAUAAAAGGCACCAGGUUCAUCAGCUUCAAGGUGCCGUUGAAAUCCAACCUCUUGAGUAAGGUUGCUCCAGGUGUAGACAAUAACUGGGGGAUUCCAAACCUGAUUCAAUCUAUUCCAGAUCUAGGUCUUGUUAUAGAUCUAACUUAUACUUCCAGAUAUUAUGAUUACCGGGAGCUUGAAGCAGCAGGCUUGAAAUAUUCAAAAAUCAUGACGAUGGGGCACAGUAUACCGAACCAUGGAGUUAUUCAACAAUUCUUUAAAUCUGUCAAUUCUUUUCUGGCAGAGGAUCCUUCCAAGCUCAUAGGUUGUAUUCUUUUUCAUUAUUUUUUAGUAUUUAUUAUUUGUUUUUUAUUUAUUUCGCUACAAAGUCAUUUAAAGGAAAGAAAAUCAAUAGAUCACACUAGAUAUUUACGUACACACUACACAUCAUAAGAAUAUCUGGAAUAU